AUGUCAUCGUCAGCCGUGCAUAGCACUUUGGAUCAAUUAAAUCCAAAUUUUGUAAUCAUCGCUGAAUACUCUUCAGAUAAUGUAUCGAAAAUAUUAGCUGAAUUGUCAACUAUUAACUUAAACGUCGUUUCAAGACCCGGGUGUAAUAACGACUACGUCUAUAUUUUCACAAAAGUGAAAUUCCAAGAACAAAAAAUUGCUUUGUAUGAUCUGUUGACAAAGGUUUCUUUCAUCGAUUCAAUUAUACCUAUUUCUGAAUUUAAAAAGACCAAGCAAUUGGAAUUCUCUGUUAAAAAAUUAAUAAAAUCGAAACAUUUGAUACCAAAUGAAAGCGAAUUGUACCAUUUAGCAAAUUUGGUCAAUGAUAAAAAUCAAAUUUAUUAUUUUAUGUUCUUUAAAAAAUACAUUAAAUGGUUACGUAAUUUAUCAUUGAUAGGUUUAUUAUUCCGUUUCAUCUCAUCACCAUGGGAAUUUAACUUUGGUUACUCAGCUAUCCUUUCUUUCUCUUCAUUAUAUUUCGUGGCUUCUUGGAUAUAUCAUGAUAAAUCAAACAUUUCAAAAAAAAUCAAUUUGCAAAACCAUUUGACUCUACAUGAUAAUACCGCCACUAUGAAACUAUCAAAAUCUGUUAUAUUGAAGAAAAUUUCAUUCAUCCCAAUUAGCUUCAUAUUCAUUCUGGCUUUGGUCUCUUUCCAAUUUUUCUGUUUCUCUUUGGAAAUUUUCAUCACUCAAUUAUAUUCAGGUGGCUUAAAACCAAUUCUAACCUUAUUACCAACCAUAUUAAUUUCAGUAUUCGUACCUGUACUAACAAUGGUCUAUAACAAUUUCUUUGUUAAUCCGUUCGUUAAUUGGGAAAAUGGUCCAAAUCCAAGAAGAUCAAAAAUGGAAAAAAAUCUAUGUUUAACUUUCUUCACUAGUUACAUGCCAUUGUUCUUAACUUUGUUCGUAUAUCUACCAUUCGGUUAUUUGUUCAAUGACGAAGUGAAAGAUACUAUCAUCGUAUUGGCUAGUAAGUUCUUCAUUCCUGUGGUUCAAGAUGACUUCAUCGUUAAUAUCUCUCGUUACCAAAAACAAUUCUAUUUUUUCAUUGUCACUAAUCAAUUGGUUUUAACCUCAAUGGAAAACUUAGUACCAAUUAUAAUGAAAAAAGUCAUUCCUAUGAUAAAGAAGACUAAACAAAACAAAUUAUCCCGUUCAGAAGAGAAGAAAAUUAUCAACUCAGUAGAAUCUUCAUACACUGAAGAUUUUAACUUGUGGAAUCAAGUCAGACUAUACCAAGCUUCACAAUGGGGCGAAUUCAAUGCUGACGAGAAUUUCAAAAAGGUUAUUGUCCAAUUUGGCUAUGUUUCCAUGUUUUCAACUAUUUGGCCAUUGGCUCCAGCUGUUUUGUUCAUAAUCAAUUCCAUCAUUUACAGAGCAGACUUAUGGAGAGCUUUCAUUAAAUGCAGACCUUCCUCAAAUGUUAUCUUCGAGUAUAGAAAUUCCUCAGACGAGACUCAAAACGAUUUAUUGAACGAAGAACCUUGUCUAUGGGAUAUCGUACUUCCAAUUAAUUCGAUAUUUGGUUCAAUUAUUUGUAUGACUUUAACAUAUAUGUACAGAUACUGUAACUUACCAGGCGUUGGCUACAAAUUAUACUCUAGAUAUAGUGAUUAUUGGUACAAAGAAAACCCAAUGGAACACUCAUACCUCUCCAUUUUAUUGGCUGCUAUCAUUUUCGAACACAUUUCAAUAUUCUUUUACUACAUCUUCGUUAAAAUUUUCAAAGCAGAAAGAUACAAUGGCCAAACUGGAUAUAUACCAAACAGUAAAGCAAAAAUUCCAAAGCAAGAACUAGAUUUGUCAAAUGCUGGUGAAGAUACAAAAAAUGCUAUGAACAAGAUUAAGGAUAAUGAAUCUUUAAAGUCUAGAACUGUCGAUAACACUAUUAAUUUUCCAAAAAGUGUCACAACUGGCGCCGAAAUUAGUACGUCCAACUCUAGCGUAAGAUCAAAUACUGUAACUGAAAAAUCUCUUCCCGAUUCAAAACACUUCAGAGCAGGUCCGGUUAUCAAUACAUUACCAGAGUCGAUCGAAUCUCUUCAUACCGGUAAGAAAAGUGGAACACACACAACUCCUAGUACGACCGCAAGUAUACCAGAUGUCCUUAAAGUAUCUCAAGAAGGAUCUAACGUUGCAGGUGCAACAGUGCCGGAACCUAUUCCAACUUCAAAGAAUUACUUUCAAAGAUAUGAUGAAAAUGGAAAUUUAUUAAAAACAUCAUGGUCAGCAAUCGCUGGUAAUGGGUCUACAUUAAAUAAUAAAGAAAACAUCAACCCAAUUCUACCAUCAGAACACAAGUCUUCACUGGUUACUGCACCAUCAGGUCUACGAGAAGUUGUAAAUGCUUCAAAUAUAGCUGAACCUAGUGUCCAACAACCAGAAGUUGCCAAACCUCUUGCAGCCGCAGCUGCAGCCGCAGCAUUAGCAGCGGACGAUUCACACCGUGAACCUGUAACACCUUCAAAAGUAUCACGUAAUGACUCAAGAAGACAUUCUCAAGUGAAUACUCAUUCACAUGAAAAUAGGACACCAAAGAGCAAUGGUACUUCUGCUACGAAGGAGAGACACUCCAGUUCACAUAAGAGAAAAUCAACUGUUAUUUCUAAGCCAGAAAAACAUCUUCGUCAUUCGACAAGUAAAGAAGCAUCUUUGAAUUCAUCGAAAAGUGAUUCUAAAAAAUCGAAGGGCUUCUUAAGAAAACUGACAAAGAAAUUGUAA